AUGGCCGUCAAGAAACGAAAUUGGAUGCUGGUCGACAUUCUUCGUCGUGAUGGAGCAAAAGUCAACCAUCCUGAGCGAACGAGCAACAUGGUGCAUCAUCAUACCGCACUUUGGGCUGCUACCUCCCAGAAGCAUUUCAAGCUUGUCAAUUCUCUCAUCAAAUCCGGCGCUAUGAUCAAUGACCGAGAGGCUCUGGAAGCUGCCGUGGAUGACGACAAUCUGCUGAGCCUCUUCAUUGACAAACUUGGCACCUCCCCGCGGGUCGACAAGAAGUCUAAUGCGCUGCAUUUCGCUUUGCAUAGAUUCGUAGACCAAGGAAACAUCUCAAAAGUCAAGCUGAUCUUGGAUAGCAACUUGGUAGACUUGAAUUCCACUCUAGGCGGCGAGACUCUCCACAAAGUGCUACAGCGAAGGAAUGAAGCCGGGAUCAACCAUACACUUCUGAAUAUGCUUCUUACGGCACGCGCAAAUCCCAAUGUUCUUAUCUUUUGGGGCAUGGCUGCGAUUCACGAUGCAAUAAACAGAGGCGAUGCGAGGAGUGUACAAAUGGUACUGGAUGCUGGAGCCGAGCUCAACCCGCCAUUUACUUCCGCGGUAGAUUAUUCUCCAGCACAACUGGCGGCCAAAUCGGGAAACACAGAAAUUCUGCAACUCCUCUUGGCCCAUGGCAGCGAUCCGAACGCUGUGGCACCAGCCGGCCAAAAACACGGUGGCGACUACCACAUUGGAACAGCGCUCCAGUGCGCAACAGAAAGCAAGAAUUUCGAAGCAGUCCAACUCCUGUUGAUGAAAAAAGCCGAUCCAAAUGCUAUCACCGAGACGCUUCCACAUACCGCCUUGCAGAUUGCUUGUCGGGACGGGAGUAAAAACAUCGUCGAGCUUCUCAUCACUGAGGGUGCGCACGUGAAUGCACUGCCGGCAAGGAAAUUUGGCGCAACAGCGCUUCAGUUUGCAGCCUUGGGCGGUUAUCUGGGAAUAGCACUUCUUCUGCUGGAGAAUGGUGCUAAGGUGAACGCCACUGCCGCCGAGGUUGACGGCAGAACGGCACUCGAAGGGGCCGCAGAGUACGGUCGGAUUGAUAUGAUUCAGUUUCUGGUAGAUGCUGGUGCAGAUCUGUCUAGUGCUAGGGACGGGCAGUAUGAGCGAGCUUUGGCAAGGGCAUAUAACAAUGGUCAUCAUGCAACACGCCGCUUGUUAUUAUCCUAUCUUUCCUAG